AUGGCUGCUCAAAUAAGCGUCCAAGAUAAGACAAGAGAUGACUAUUUACAUCUUGAUCUGGCACCAUCAUAUGGUACAUUGAACAGUGAAGCGAUGAAGAAGAUGGAUGAUGAGUUGAAGAUCAUGAUCGCUGGUACGAUGAAAGAUCUUGGAAGAGUCCCGCCAAAUCAACGCAGUUGGGAUAAAGUCAUAUCUAUAUUCAUGCAAAACCCAUUGCUCGAGCCUCAUUCAGAUCCUGAACUCGUUAGAGCGGACAAAUUCAUCAAAAACUCCUCUGGAGACUUUAAAUUUGACGGUUCUCCUAAUGCUGCUAUAGUACAAGAGGUCAAGACUUGGUUCACGAAACUCAUAGCUGACGACGAUGUUAUAAAGUCAACUAAGAUCGACGUUGAGGUCUUAGCGAAAAUUGUUGCUCAAACAGGAGCAACCGUCGACAGUUUCGAAACCUUUUUCGCCAAACAUGAAUACCAUGAAAAGACGCUGGUUGACAUUGGAGUCCUGCGCUUCCCUGAUGCCUUCAAUCCAUACUUUAAGGUGUACCGCAUUCAGCUCGUAGCGUGGUCAGACUCCAGCCGUAUUCUGUUCCAUCAAGAAGACAAGAAUGGAAUCACAGGGGAAUACCACUGCAGGAAAUUCAAACCACGCGAUGCUGUAAUUUCGGAACUGAAAGAACAAACAAAGAAACUGGCGAUCAAACAAGCCGAAGAUCUAUUUGCUUGA